GGUUACCGAGGGCUGCAGUAAUAAGAAAUGCGACCGUGAGCUAAAUCCAGCUGACCACUCUCUCAUCAACAAUUUCUGCUUGGAAACGACCUGGUGUUAAGCUGUACUUGCCUUAAAUAAAAGAUCUCAGUGCCCGGGUCCACACUGCUGAGGUUGGUUGAGAGAACAGAGCAGUUCAUACCCUUUGUUUUGCUGCAGCAUAUGCAGGGGAAGCUUGUCGUUUUUGUUUUGUUUUGUUUGUUUUUAAGGCAGCUGGGGCACCGUGGCUGCAUGCGUUAUGUGUAUGCACGCCAGAGUAGAGAAGCUGAUGAGUGUUUUACUGAAAAGGCUGCGUUUGCUCCGGAGACUGAUCAGAAAGAUUAAGAUGUCCAUCUUGUCAAACUGUCUAUGGUGCAUCAGAAUGGGAAGACGCAGAAGGAUGGAGGCGUCAUGUCUGGAGCUGGCUCUGGAAGGUGAGCGGCUGUGCAAAGUUGGUGACUACCGCGCCGGUGUGUCGUUCUUUGAGUCUGCCAUCCAGGUUGGAACUGAAGAUCUGCAAAUUCUCAGUGCCAUCUACAGCCAGCUGGGCAAUGCCUACUUCCACCUGCAAGCGUAUGAGAAAGCCCUGGAGUACCAUCAACAUGACCUCACACUUACCAGAACCAUUGGAGAUGAACUCGGAGAAGCCAAAGCCAGCGGUAACCUUGGGAAUACACUGAAGCUUUUAGGUCGGUUUGAUGAAGCGGUGGUUUGCUGCCAAAGACACUUGGAAAUCACCAGAGCCAUGUAUGAUAAGGUUGGGCAGGCUCGAGCGCUGUAUAAUUACGGGAACGUUUACCAUGCCAAGGGCAAGAGCAUCUGCUGGGUUGGUGCAGAGCCAGGAGAGUUCUCUGAGGAAGCCAGGAUAGCCCUGAAGAAAGCUACACAAUAUUAUGAGGCAAACUUGGGCCUUGUGAAGGAGUUGGGUGAUCGGGCAGCCCAGGGCCGGACCUAUGGUAACCUUGGAAACACAUACUAUCUACUGGGUGACUUUCAAAGUGCUGUAGCUGCUCAUGAAAAGCGCCUGCUCAUCGCUAAAGAGUUUGGGGAUAAGUCUGCUGAGAGGAGGGCCCACUGUAACCUUGGCAAUGCUCACAUAUUCCUCGGCCAGUUUGACUUGGCAGCUGGUCAUUACAAGAGGACUCUGCAGCUGGCCAGGCUGCUUAAGGACAGGGCAGUGGAAGCCCAGGCCUGUUACAGUCUGGGGAACACCUACACGCUGCUGCAGGACUAUGAGAGAGCCAUUGAUUACCACCUCAAACAUCUGGUCAUCGCUCAGGACCUCAAAGACCGGGUUGGUGAGGGCAGAGCAUGCUGGAGUCUAGGAAAUGCCCACACUGCCCUGGGGAAUCAUGAGCAAGCUAUGCACUUUGCUGAGAAACAUCUGGAAAUCGCCAUAGAGACUAAAGACAAAAGCGGCGAGAUGACGGCCAGGAUGAACUUGUCAGACCUGCGGCUGGUCGUUGGUCUCAAGUCCAACUCCAACAUCCAGUUCAACAGCCAAUGCAACACCAACAGUAACAGCUGCGUUCUGUCAGCAGGCCACCAGGGUUACCGCAUCCUCCCAGGUGUCAAAUCGUCUGCGAGGAGAGGCAGCGCAGAAGACUUGGAGCUGCUGAGGCCGAGGCCAGAUAAAAAUACAACUGGACAUACACAGCCACACUCAGACUGGGAGGAGGAUGUAUUCAGCAGGUCUUCCAAAGAUAACACAAUCAAGGCUUCCACCAAGCUCUUCUUAUUCCACCGUCUGAAAAGCAAGAAGCAGAAAAGCAAAUCGCCCCCUAAAGGCCAGCAGGAGAGCAGCAAAGAGCCCUCGACCCCUGAGCCAGACCCAGCGGUGUCAGCUAAGUCAGGAUCACGUGACACACUGGGAGAGGAUGGCUUUUUCGACCUCCUCUCUCGUUUCCAAGGCAACAGAAUGGACGACCAAAGGUGCUCCCUAUUGGACAGCCCGAGCAAUCUCCCUGACCAAUCCUCUCCCUCUUCUACCCCACCUGUAGCUGAGAGGAAAUCUAUUUUGGAGUGCGAGACACCCUUGCAGGAUCCUGGUCAUUUCCUGGAGCUGCUGGCCAGCUCCCAGGCCCGUCGGCUCAACGACCAGCGAGCCAGCCUCAGCCAUUUUCCUGGCUUGCGACUCAGCAUCUCAGACCCGCCUCACACACCCUCCACCUCCAGCACAGAACAGGCCCCCUCAAAAGCCCCCAUCUCCAGCACAGAUCCAGCAAGCACACCCUCCCUGUACAGCCAUCUCGAGGCCAAUGCUGAGCACCCUGAGGGGGAUGAUGUCUUCUUCGACAUGCUUGUCAAAUGCCAGGGCUCCAGGCUGAAUGACCAGAGGUGUGCUGCCCCAUCUCCUCCAACAAAGGGGCCUACUGUUCCAGACGAGGACUUCUUCAGCCUCAUUCUGCGCUCCCAGGCCAACAGGAUGGAGGAACAGAGAGUCCAGCUGCCCCCUGGCUGCACUCAGUCCAAACCAGACUGACACCACCGUGGGAUUUCUCUCAUAGUCUCAGGAUAUCCAUUUGUUACCCGAAUCACAAGGGCUUUCAUAAGGUUCUCAUGACCAUUUUGAUUUUCAUAUUUCAUCAUAUUAAAUAUGAAAAUCAUAUUUCAUAUCAUUAUUUUGUAUUUCCUGCCUUUUUGGGGGGAUCAAAGUGAUAACGUGACGCCACAUCCCCAUCAAAAAACUGCCAUGAUUGCAGGGGAGGCUAGAAGGAUCCAUGGAAUUACUUGAUAUGAUACUUGUCAUUUAAGACAUUUAUACAAUCUUAAGAAAUUUUGGGGUUUUGCAGACUCAUCUCUUUUUUGGCUCCUCUUCGUCGUAACCACUUGUCUCCCUGUGGCACCCCUCCUUGCUGCUUCUAACAGAGACAUUGGGUGUCUACUCUGCAAGCUUGCAUCAAGCUCCUCAUCCAGGCUGUGGAUUUUGGUUAACAGGGUUGGACACAAAGCAUACUCUAUUCCAAGAGUAUAAGCCAAACUAAAUAGCUUUCAACUUUGUGAUGUGUGAAAAGAGACUUCACUCACAUCUAAGCAUGCAUGUGCUUGUUACGAGAGAGUGGUUCUUUAGUAGGUAGCAUUGAAAUGUCUGUUCAGUCCAUCAUUUUAAACUCCUAAAAGUGUUGCAUUUUUUAAUUCAGCUCAGCCCUCUCUCCCACCAUGUCUCCAUCACAGAAGGCCAAAUGAGGAAAAAUGGCCCUAGCUCACCAAUUUACCAGGUGUGAUUGGUGUAGCCAUUUUCUACUUCUGUAUAUUGGACUUUUUUUUUUUUUUUUUAAGAAUGCCUGUUUUACAUUGUUAAUUAUAUGUUUGUAACAAACCUAUAUGUAUAAAUGCAGUGAGCUGAUGAAGGGACUUUUAAUCUUUGUGACAAGGUUUUACAGGGGACUAACUGACAUGAGGGGGAAAAAAAUGAAAUGUUUUAUGGUUGGUUUUAUAUUUACUACUUCUCCUGACUGGAGGGGAAAUAAAACCUCAUUUAAUCAAAA